GGGGGGGUGUGCUUCUGCGUCCUGGAGCCCCACCUUUCCCGAUCCCUGAGCCAGCGCCAGCCUCCCGCACCCACUCUCCGGGACCGACCAGGUAUAUCUGGUUGUUUGAAGAGAACGAUUCAAGAUGCCUGAAAAUCCUGCAGCAAAUAAGCUGCAGAUCCUGCAGGUCCUUGAACGGCUGCAAAUGAAAUUGCAGGAAAGGGGUGACGCCUCCCAGAAUGAGAGACUCUCUUUGUUUUGUGAGACCCUGAAGAGCCCCCUCUUCAACCAGAUCCUCACGAUUCAGCAAUCCAUCAGGCAGCUGAAAGCACAGCUUAGCCACAUUCCUUUAGAUUGCUCGGCCAACUUUGAUUUUUCCAGGAAAGGGUUGCUUGUAUUUACUGACAGCUCAAUUGCUAAUGGGAAUGCCCACCCAGUCUUUAAUAACUCAGCGGCAGUGUUUCCUUGGACCUCAAGAUCAGGAAAUGAGGAAUUUACCUCUGUCAUCCAACAGAUGGCCCAGGGCAGACAGAUUGAAUACAUCGACAUAGCAAAGCCAUCCACCGGAGGCCUCGGAUUCAGUGUGGUGACCAUAAGAAAGCAAAACGCGGGAGGCGUCGAUCUCUUUGUGAAGGAAGUCCAACCAGGGAGCAUAGCAGACAGGGAUCAAAGAUUAAAGGAAAAUGACCAGAUCCUGGCCAUUAAUCAUACCCUCCUGGACAGGAACAUGACCCAUCAACAGGCCAUUGCUCUACUCCAGCAGUGCACUGGUUCUCUGCAGUUGGUGGUGGCUAGGGGAUCCAGACAAUGGCCAGGUCAAAGUUCUACCAACCUGAGUGAUCCUGAGAAGAUUUGCUGGGGUCAUGUCGAAGAUGUUGAACUUAUAAAUGAUGGCUCUGGCUUAGGUUUCGGAAUUGUUGGAGGAAAAUCGAGUGGUGUUGUUGUGAAGACGAUUGUCCCUGGAGGAUUAGCACAUCGGAAUGGGAAGCUUCAGACUGGGGACCAUAUCCUGAAGAUCGGUGACACAAAUGUGCAAGGGAUGAGCAGCGAGCAAGUUGCCCAAGUACUGAGGAACUGUGGGAAUUUUGUGAGGAUGGUAGUGGCAAGAGACCCCAUUGGUGAAAUUUCUGUGACUCCUCCAACCCCAACAGCCUUGCCCGUUGUUACUCUGCCACCUGUGCCUACUUCCAACCAGACUUCUGUUGAUGCCUCUCUUUUUGAUACAUAUGAUGUAGAACUCACUAAGAAGGAUGGUCAGAGUCUUGGAAUUACAAUCAUUGGCUAUGCUGGGUCCUCGCAUGCAGGGGAUGUCUCAGGGGUUUAUGUGAAAAACAUAAUACCGGGAAGUGCUGCAGAUCAUAAUGGCCAAAUUCAUGCCCAUGACAGGAUAGUUGCUGUGGAUGGAAUAGAUAUCCAGGGUUUUGCCAAUCAGGAUGUUAUUGAGGUGUUGCGCAAGGCAGGAGAUACGGUGCACCUGACUCUAGUACGAGCAAAGGCAUCUUCCUCACCUUCUCUCCUUGACAGAUCUUUAGAUGAAGCACCUCCCAAAACACCAACUUUAUUUUUAACUGGAGCUGUGGAGACUGAGACGAAUCUAGAUGAUGAAGAUGAAAUGAACCAAGAGAAUGCAGAUCACAUGCAAGAUGAAGACAAGCCCAAGAUGAUGCCACAGACUCUUGAUACCGUUCCUGGCUCCCUAGAAAAUGAGCUGAAAUCCAAGUGGGAAAACCUGUUGGGCCCCGAUUAUGAAGUAAUGGUUGUCACUUUGGAUACACAGAUUGUUGAUGAUGCUGAGUUACAGAAAUUUUCAAAGCUGCUGCCGAUCCACACUCUGAGGUUAGGAGUGGAGCUGGACUCCUUCAAUGGCCACCAUUACAUUUCUUCCAUCAUGCCUGAUGGGCCAGUAGCCCCACUCAACCUACUGAAGCUGGAGGAUGAACUGCUGGAGGUCAAUGGUGUUCAGCUCUCUGGAAAAUCCCGCAGGGAGGCGGUGUCAUUUCUAAAAGAAGUGCCCCCUCCCUUUACUGUGGUCUGCUGCCGUCGGCUCUUUGAUGAAGAGGCCUUUGGGGAUGAAGCGAGUGUCACUGAUGUCGUCAUUGAUGAACCACAGAUUGACCCCAAUGAAGAAGUUCAUGCUAAUGAUGACGAGGAAGAUGAUGGAGAAUUGGCUCUAUGGUCCACGGAGGUGAAGAGAAUUGAGUUAAUUAAAGGCGUUGAUGGCUUGGGAUUUAGCAUUUUGGACUAUCAGGACCCUUUAGACCCGACCCGGACUGUGAUUGUGAUCCGCUCCCUGGUAGCCAAUAGUGAAGCUGAACGGGGUAGGGAAUUAUUGCCCGGUGAUCGCUUGGUCUUUGUCAACGAUUGUUCCCUGGAGAAUGUCACGCUCACCGAAGCUGUGGAAGUGCUGAAGUCUCUGCCACCUGGUAGAGUGACCCUGGGUAUCUGCAAGCCCUUGGUGGUUGAAGGUAAUGAGGAGGUCUCACAACCAAGUGUCGUGGAAGACAUGCCCAGACACUCAGGACCCUUGGAGACAACGGAUUCCUCUCUGAUCCUGGAAGCUCCCUCGGAGUUCCGAGAUGAAGCCUUCCUUCAUGAAGAAGUCGUGGAUGAGCCUUUCCUUGACUUGGGAAGGAAAUUCCAUGUACACUCAAAAGAAAUCGACAACACCACUCAGGAGUCAUGGGAGAUGCAUGCUUUCCUGAAACCUAGAGCACCAGAAAUGGGGGAGGAGAGAGAGAUGCUUGUAGAUGAUGUGUAUGACUUCCAGGACAUCUUUCAGAACAUGGAUUUAUAUUCUUCAUCACUGGGCAAGAAGGCUCUUCCCCUCUCUCCGAGUCAGGAUUUCCAUUUUGACCCUCAGUGGCUCAGUCAUCCAGGGACCUAUGAAGCUCCUGAUCCCAGAUCCUUGAUGCACCCAAGUUCUCAGGAGAUACCACAGAGCAGAUACAACAAUGAAGGAAUGAUCAAUGAGAAUUUUGGCAAAGUUUCUUUGUCCUCCAUCUCCUCCACUGAAGGCAACAUGUGCCAAGGCAUUUUUGAUGACUUUGACAACUCAGAAUCCAUUGCAAAUAGCGGCCUGGAUUUAGGCCUGAGGAUGCCCAGCGAUUCAGAAGGCCCUGAAAUGCUGGUUGAUCUGCCUACAGUGGACCAAGAGAGUGAACCAGCAGACAUACCUGUCUAUCAGCUGCCCCAGAAGCGGGGACUCUCCAAGGCUGGAGUGCUGCCAUCUAAAUAUGCAACAGAGACAUGUGAUUUGCCGGAGAGAGAAGAAGGAGAAGGAGAAGAGACCCCCAACUUCAGUCACUGGGGUCCACCUCGAAUUGUGGAGAUUGUGCGAGAAGCCCACGAGUCCCUUGGGAUCAGUAUCGUGGGUGGGCAGACGGUGAUCAAACGCCUGAAGAAUGGAGAAGAGCUGAAAGGCAUCUUUAUUAAGCAAGUCUUAGAGGACAGCCUGGCCGGAAAGACCAAGUCUCUUAAAACUGGAGACAAGAUCCUGGAGGUAUCAGGUGUUGAUUUGCAAAAUGCAACACACCAGGAAGCUGUUGAAGCCAUCAAGAGUGCAGGAAAUCCAGUUAUUUUUGUUGUGCAGAGUUUGUCAUCCACGCCGAGGGUAAUUACUCCUGUGACUUCCAAGACCAGCCAUCCUCACAAAACCCAGGAGCAAGAAAAAGAAGAUAGGAAAGAAAAGAGAAGGGGAGGUGUCCCCCCUCCAAUGAAACUGCCACCUCCUUACAGGGCUCCUCCAGAAGACACUGAUGCCAACGACGAGGACAAGACUGAAUUUACUGAGGAAAAAAUCAGGCAGAGAUAUGCAGAUCUGCCAGGAGAGCUGCAUAUUAUUGAGCUGGAGAAGGAGAAGAAUGGGCUUGGCCUCAGCCUUGCCGGGAACAAAGACCGGUCUCGGAUGAGCAUCUUCAUCGUGGGGAUACACCCUGAUGGACCUGCUGGCCGAGAUGGACGCAUGCGCAUCGGUGAUGAGCUUUUAGAGAUAAACAAUCAAAUUUUGUAUGGAAGAAGCCACCAAAAUGCAUCUGCCAUUAUUAAGACAGCCCCAACCAAGGUCAAGUUGGUUUUCAUAAGAAACGAGGAUGCAGUCAACCAGAUGGCCGUUACACCUUUUCCAUUACCAAUCAGCUCCCAGUCUUCUUUUGAGGAUCAGAGUGGUCCAGAAGCCAUAAGCAAUGAAGAAGGAGCCAGUACUGAAGUUGAUCUAAAGCAAUUACCAGAGAGUGACCGAACCGCAUUGGACGAGGAGCCCCCGGUCAUCGGCCAUCUUCAGGCAGCAGAGGAAGCCAAGGGCGGAGAGCCCCUUCCUGACAAGAUCAUCAGCCAGGUGAAACAACCCAAGUAUUCUGCCAAAAAGCCCAUUGGUUCUGAGGAGAUCUCGCUGGCUCCCUCUUCCUCUUACCGUUCCACGGAUACAGAGCUCACAAGCUACGGUGGUUUGCAGGUUCCUUUGUCAGUGGACCCUGCCACGUGCCCUAUAGUUCCUGGCCAAGAAAUGAUUAUAGAAAUCUCCAAGGGACAUUCUGGCCUUGGUCUCAGCAUCGUGGGAGGAAAAGAUACUCCACUGGAUGCUAUAGUUAUUCAUGAAGUAUAUGAAGAAGGAGCAGCAGCCAGAGAUGGAAGACUUUGGGCUGGUGACCAGAUUUUAGAGGUUAAUGGUAUUGAUCUGAGGAAUGCCAGCCAUGAGGAAGCUAUAACUGCCUUAAGGAAAACGCCCCAGAAAGUACGACUGGUUGUUUAUAGGGAUGAAGCUCAUUAUAAAGAUGAAGAAAACCUGGAGAUUUUCCCCGUUGAUCUUCAGAAGAAAACAGGCCGAGGACUGGGCCUAAGCAUUGUGGGAAAACGAAAUGGAAGUGGAGUCUUUAUCUCAGACAUUGUGAAAGGAGGGGCUGCUGACCUGGAUGGAAGAUUAAUCCAGGGAGACCAGAUCUUGUCUGUGAAUGGAGAAGACAUGAGAAAUGCUUCCCAGGAGACAGUGGCCACUGUACUCAAGUGUGCUCAAGGCCUUGUGCAGCUGGAGAUCGGAAGGCUAAGGGCUGGUUCUUGGCUCUCUUCAAGGAAAACCUCUCAGAACAGCCAGAUGAGUCAGCACAGUGUCCGGAGCAGUUUCCCUCCUUCCCUGGCUCCUGUCAUCACCAGCUUGCAAAACCUGGUUAGCACCAAGAGACCCUCGGACUCUGCCCAGAGAAACUCAGGCACUGAUACGGGCCCCAGAACUGUAGAGAUCAUAAGGGAGCUGAAUGAUGCCCUGGGAAUCAGCAUCGCAGGGGGAAAGGGCAGCCCUCUUGGAGAUAUUCCCAUCUUUAUUGCCAUGAUUCAAGCUAGUGGAGUUGCGGCACGUACGCACAGGCUCAAGGUUGGAGACCGGAUUGUCAGCAUUAACGGGCAACCUCUGGAUGGACUGUCUCAUGCUGAUGUUGUUAAUCUACUCAAGAAUGCUUACGGGCACAUUAUUCUGCAGGUAGUGGCUGAUACUAAUAUCAGUGCCAUUGCAACUCAGCUGGAAAGCAUGUCUGCCAGCUACCACCUGGGCUCCCCUGCCAGCGACCACCAUCCAGAAGACCCAGAGACUCCUCAGCCCAAGAUGAUUGCUUUGGAGAAGGGCUCUGACGGUCUGGGCUUCAGUAUUGUGGGGGGCUAUGGGAGUCCCCACGGUGACCUGCCAAUUUAUGUCAAAACCAUCUUUGCAAAGGGAGCAGCAGCAGAUGACGGGAGGCUGAAGCGUGGGGACCAGAUCUUGGCUGUUAAUGGCGAAGCCCUGGAAGGUGUGACCCAUGAGCAAGCCGUGGCCAUUCUCAAGCGUCAGAGGGGAACUGUAACACUCACAGUGCUGUCCUGAGUUGCAGCUCAUUGUGUCAAAGGCAACGAGGCAGCUGCUGCUGCUUUGGCCAAAUCUCUGUAAUAAGGCACAGUCUUGGCUGGGAUGAAACGCAAGCAUCAAUUAAUAUUCAUCCUCAAUCUGAUCAUCGUCUCCUCUAUGCUCAGAAGAGAUUUGUGGUUUCAUCUACCUGUACAAAGAAAUCUUCUCUAUCACUAUUACUAUCAUUAUUAUCAUUUCUCCUCUCUCUCUCUCUCUCUCUCUCUCUCUCUCUCUCUCUCUCUCUCUCUCCCCCCCCCCUUUCUCUCAGCUCCUCUUUCUCCCCCCACAAUGUGGUGAAUUUCUCCAAUUGAAAUAAACCUUGGCCUUUCUACCUUUAGCACUGGCUAGUCAACAUCUUGUCCCUGAUCUCUCUUCUAGCUGCUGCACCUGGAAUUAACAUCACCCACAGGAUGAAUGGCAUCUCAGAACUCAGCUGAUAAGCAGAAACAAAUACCGAGUGACUUGUCAUCUCUGUCCUGAUUUACUACUGCUAACCUUUUUUCCAAGGAGGCCAGAAAACAUUAGUGGUAUAAUUAAAUUACCAGCAUUCUAAAUGAUAAAAUAGCAAAUUCUCCUACGGGACUUUAUCUGUGCUCUUCUCAUUAAGUCUUUACCAUUGAAACAUGCCUCCAAUUUGGUCUUUGUGAGUUAGUCUUUGGUGGUUAUAAUGAGUCAAUUUGCAGGCUUGAAGAUGAAAAUAUGGACGUUCUUCUGAAAACCAGCCCCUAAUUGUUUUCUGAGCUAUAUGGAGACCACUUCUAAAACGCGCCUUCAGGAGAGAAGCUCAUUUUCCCAAAUAUGUUGCUUUGUUCAACUGUCUGAAUGUCAACAAGGCAAAAUUAUAAUGGGGUUUCUAGGGUUCCCCUGAAGUUCAGCUAAGCUUCCAUUCCUAUGCCAGUAUGCUCCCAACAACCCAUCCUGGAAUCGAGGGUUUCCCAGCCCCCAGCCCCUGAACAGCUCUGUGAGUUGUAUCAGGUUUGUAGCAUGUCAGUAGCUGGGACCAGGUGCCUUCUCUUUAUAGGAAGGACAGGGCCAGAAUUCUUACUCUUCUUUCUGUUCUUUCUGUUCUCUCCACAUCAAUCAUUCUGUCUGAGCAGAUUGUGGAGACUGUGAUCAAGGGACAUGAUGCCACCAAUCUGUUUAAUAAAUGAACUGGGGACAGUGCGGGGGGGAAAAGGACAAUUGCACUUUCUUCAUGUCUUCCUAGCUCCAGAGGGGCUAUUCCUUUGCAAGAGAGUUGCAUGCCAUGGAAUGCAACUUCAAGAAAAGAAAGAAAGAAAGAGGGGGGGAGAUAGAGAGGGAGAGAGAGGGGAGAGAUGGAGGGGGGGAAGAGAGGGAGAGAGAGAGAGAGGAAAAUCUUUCAAACUAGUCCUGUAGAUUAUUACCCAAGGGGUGGGGGGAGGGGGGAGGCUGCUUGUCUAUGGAUGCUCUUGGCUGCCUGUCAAACUCUAUAAUAAGUGUAUUAGGAAGAAUAAGUACCAAGGUCAAUGAUUAGCGUUAUUUAACCAUAACAUGCUUUUGUAAAUGGUCAGAAAGUCAUAAAAAGAAAAUUUUAUGGGCUCGAAUUUAAAAUGUUAUUUAAUAAGGGUAGAUUUUAAUGGAAAAUCCUCUUUGAAUCUAUGUAAUCACAAAGUGCAUUAACAUGUUGGAAUAUUACAUGGCUAUUCCAAAGCAUAGAGUGCCUGAAUUUUAUGUCCGAAAUGUCUUUGGUGUCUGGCAUUGAUUGCUUUGCAAACUUCUAAUGGAUUUCUGGCUGCACAGUGUUAGUAGGAACCCACUGCUGAGAAACAACAGUCAGGAACCUUCAAUAGCUCUGUGUUAUUGCAAGAGCCUCCCCCCCCACCCCCCCCCCCCACCCCCCGGAAGCUGGGCAGGCCUGAAGCACCUGGAAGAAAUCACACUGGAAAAUGUGACCUCAGCAGUCUUCCUCCUGGUCAGGAUGUAGCGACUGUCAGAGGCAUCUUUGGGACACCGAAGGGUCUUGGGUUCUAUUCUUUUCAACCCACAUCCUCCUCCUUUUAUGUGGAUGCCAGUAAAAGGAGAGAAUAUGGAAUGGAGACCCUUGUCCCUUGUUGCUGUCCAGGAUGGGUGGGACCCCUGCUUCUUGUAACUUGCACUUUCUCAGUGUUAAGUAUGUACCUGCAAAAAACAAAAAAAUUUACACUGCAACUUUCCAAUAAGCCAGUGAUGGUAUGUGGGGAAGUGAGUGAAUGUACUUUUCACCUGAGAAGGACCAGUUCUGGAAGGAAGCCACACUUUGGGUUUUAGCCAAACCAUUUGGACUUUUGUUUAGAGAAUAAUAAUAAUUUGGGGGGGGGGGAGGUCAUUCGUGAAAUGCAGCUGCUCAGGCAUAUGUAUAUCAUUGGAUCCAAUGUUUUAUGACUUCCAAAGAUUCUAAAUAAAGAUUUAGUUGACUAAGGA